GAAACUAAUGGGCUUAUAAGCCCUACGUAGUGUACUAGACGUGCAAUUUUGAGCGUUUUGGGGGGCACCCAUCGAGAAUCGUCGCGAGAAGAAGAUGGUCAGUUUAAAUACACGAAUCUGAGCUCUUUUUCUAUAUGAUGCCACUUUAAUAUCAAUUUCCCCAUGCUGCAACUACGGAGGCUGCUCAGUGGUCGCUCUCAGAGAGCCAGUGACGUCGCCCGACAUAAGUACGACGUCGUCGUGGUUGGAGGCGGUCAUGCUGGGACGGAGGCGGCUGCUGCGGCAACCAGGGUUGGAGCCGAAACGCUGCUCGUUACGCAGAAAAUCGAAACGAUCGGGGCGCUGUCAUGCAACCCCUCACUGGGAGGAGUAGGAAAAGGUCAGCUGGUGAAGGAGGUGGAUGCUCUGGAUGGCCUGAUGGGUAGAGCAGGCGACUACGCCGGUGUUCACUUCUCCAUCCUCAAUCGCAGUAAAGGACCUGCAGUGUGGGGCCCGAGGGCGCAGCUGGAUCGAGGACGCUACCGGGAGUUCAUACAGUCGCAGUUGCUGAAAAUGCCCAGACUGACUGUGAUCGAGGGAUCUGUGGAGGAUCUAAUCGUGUCUGCUGCCGAUUCAGGAAAGCACAGAGUGACCGGAGUUCACAUGGCUGAUGGCGUCGGGGAAAUACUCGCCCAUUCCGUCGUCAUCACCACCGGAACUUUCCUUUCCGGCUCCCUCUUUGUGGGCCGGACCACCUCACCAGGAGGGAGGAUGGGUGAGCCGCCGUCCUGCGCAGGGCUCUCACGCAGCCUGAAAGAAGUGCUCGGGUUAAAACUCGGUCGGAUGAGGACCGGAACACCGCCUCGGAUCAUUAAAGACACGAUCGACUUCUCCCUCGCCAAACUUCACCUUCCCGACCCGCAGCCAACGCCGUUUAGCUUCGUUAACAGACACACACACUGCAAGCCUGAGGAUCAGCUCCCGUGUCACCUGACCUACACGACACCAGGCGUGGAAAAAGUGGUGCGCGAGAGCCUGCACGUGAAUUCGCACAUACAGCAGGACACCAAAGGACCCAGGUACUGUCCUUCCAUCGAGUCCCGGGUUCUGCGUUUCCCGGGGCGACAGCAUCAGGUGUGGUUGGAGCCAGAGGGCUUGACCUCUGACCUCGUGUACCCUCAGGGGAUGUCCAUGACGAUGCCCCCCGAGCUGCAGCUCCGGCUCCUCCGGGAAAUUCCCGCCCUGCACCGGGCGGAGAUUAGAACGCCGGGCUACGGGGUGCAGUAUGACUAUGUGUGCCCGAUGCAGCUCUUCCCAUGGCUGCAGGUGAAGUGCGUUCAGGGGCUUUUCCUGGCAGGACAGAUCAACGGGACGACAGGCUACGAGGAAGCGGCAGCGCAGGUACAAAACACUCCGCCGUUCACCGUUCAGCAGCUCUGUGGUGGACAUGUUAUAUGCUCUAGGUCGUCUGUCUCGUUUCAGGGUUUGUGGGCGGGUGUUAAUGCCGGAAGGACCGCCCUUUCUCUCCCCCCUAUGUCUCUGUCCCGUACCGAGAGCUACAUCGGCGUGAUGAUCAAUGAUCUGGUGAGUCGCGGGGUUACCGAACCGUACCGCAUGUUCACAAGCCGCGCAGAGUUCAGGACUUCGCUCCGGCCCGACAACGCCGACCUGCGCCUCACGCUCCGAGGCUUUGAAGAGGUGGGCUGUGUGUCAUCACAGCGCUACAGCGAGGCUUUGCGAGUGAGUCGCUGUCUGAGCGAAGCUCUCAUCGCCCUGCAGUCCUUCGCGCUCUCCUCUCAGCACUGGAGAGAGAAACUGCGACACGCCAGGAUCAGCGAGGCCAAAAGCACACUCAUCAGCGGAGAAGAGAUGCUACAGCAUAAAGAGGUCUCGUUUGAGAUGCUGGCCUCCGUCUUCCCUGAAACGUUCGCACAGUAUCUAGAGUUUUCCCAGCGGAUUAAAAUCGAAGCUGUGUACCGUCCUCACUGUGAGAAUCAGAAGAGAGAGAUGGAGAGGAUACAGGAGGAAGAGAGUCUCACACUGCCUCCGGACAUCGACUACCUCUCGCUUCCCGUUUCUCUGUCCAACGAGGUGCGCGAGAUAUUGGAUCGGGUGCGGCCCGACACCUUGGGAGCGGCGACUCGUCUGCCGGGCGUCACCCCGGCCGCCAUCGUCCACUUGCUCAACUACGUCAGCAAGACAGAGCGCAAAACGGCAAGCAAGAGGACGCAGACUGACUUCACUUGAAACAAGUCUGUAUUGUGCAAAAUGGAAAUAAAUGAUUUAAAAAAUAAUAAUAAAAAGAAA